CAGGAAUUUAGCACUCAUCUCCGCAGCACCAUAAAAAAUUAAGAGAGAGAAAAACGACUCGCACACAAACCUGGACCAAGCUAGAGAAGAGCUCCCGCCUCUCUCCUCCGGUCCGGCAGGUGGCCCGAGUCUUUGAUGUCUCGCCCUAGAGCCAGCACCUGCUAUUGUGUCGCACCAAAGGGUUAGAGAUUGUCUUUUUUUUCUUUCCAAUUAUUUCCUUGUUUGCCCUGCAAAUACAGGUUCUUUUGCAGCCCUUGAGAUACCAAACAUAAAGAAAUAGAGAGAGAGAGAGAGAGAGAGAGAGAGAGAGAGAGAGAGUUUAAGAGGGAAAAUUAGAAAGAAGAAGACAUAAACAAAGACGGAGCCUCGUUUUUUUUUUUUUUUUUUUUUUUUGCCCCGUUUCUCCCUCAUCCCGUCGAUUCACACAAAGAGUCGCGCGAGUCUUUGCAGCCACCCUCGAUUCGCUCUCAAGCCAAGGUUAGGCCAGACCGCACAUCAGCCAAUUUACUUUACUCAGUUGCACUGCACACUACGUUUGCGACUGGACCGCACACCACCCCGCCGCCACUACCUAAAAAACUCCCGCCGACAACCCCCGACUCGACGACUUCCUGGCUAUUGAGAUUGCAACUGCCCUAUUAAUAAUUACAGCAAACCUACCAACAGGGUUUCCUCUUGUGUCCUUUUUUGGUUCCUCUCUUUUAUUUUUCCCCCCUUGGCUCUUUUUAUUUUAUUUAUCCCCUCCUUUUUCCUUGGUCUUAAUUACUUUUUUUUUUCUUUUUCUACUAUUACAAUCCCAACUUUGCUACUGUUAUUUUUCUUCUUCUGGUCUGACCCCUACCAAUUCCCUGCUCGCCCGCCAUGGGGAGCACGUCGGAAGCAAGGACGUCAUCUUCCGCCGGCGCAUCGCAACCCUCGUCCAUAAGAUCAGUCGACGUCUCCGCAAAAUCGUCACCAACCCUGGCGCCUCAAAAUGGACACCACAACGGCGUCCCGAAUUCGGCUGAACAGGUUUUAAAGCCCGUCGAGAAGACUUCGGUCAAGGAGCGCCUCACUCGCAUGUUUUCGACCAAGGACACGCAACGGUCCUCGAAUCUCGCUCCUCCCUCGGGCGAUAAGUCCGCCCCUGUCAGCCCCGGUCUCGCUCCACCGGUAAGGAAUCAACCUCCGAGUCGCAAGGGUUCCACCACCGACAAGGCAUCUGAAAAGACGGCCGCCGCCAGCGCCGCCAAGGCCGCCAAGUCGAGCAAUGGCACCGCACACCAGCAGCAACGAUUUCUCGUCAACCCUGACGCACAGGGUGGCCAUGAGCAUCAUCUCAAGAGUAGCCGGCGCCAGGAGAAGCUGUCAGACAUGUUCCGCAGCAUGCUGGGCGGCGGCAAGCGCGCCGAGCAGCAAGAUCACGAUCUCUCGCUCGUUUCCGGAUGGGUAGACACGCUGAAGCAAGAGAAGGACAAGGACAAGGAUGUCGGUCAAGCCGGCGAGAAGCGCGGAGGUCCCAACGCAUCCGUGACCUUGGUGGAGAAGUACGGCAAAUGCCAGGAGGUUGUGGGUCGCGGAGCGUUCGGAAUCGUGAGGAUAUCUCACAAGAAGAUGGACAACGGUGCCGGUGAAAGGUUGUUUGCCGUUAAAGAAUUUCGCCGUAGGCCCGAGGAGAACGAAAAGAAGUACAGCAAGCGACUGACGGCGGAGUUUUGUAUCUCGUCCAGCCUGCGCCACCCCAACGUCAUCCACACGUUAGACUUGCUGCAGGAUGCCAAAGGAGACUAUUGUGAAGUCAUGGAGUUUUGCCCUGGCGGCGAUCUGUACACACUCGUGCUUGCCGCCGGGAAGCUUGAGGUCCAGGAGGCGGACUGUUUCUUCAAGCAGAUGAUGCGUGGCGUCGAGUACAUGCACGAAAUGGGCGUGGCGCACCGUGAUCUAAAGCCUGAGAACUUGCUUCUGACGACCCACGGCGCCCUCAAGAUUACGGAUUUUGGCAACGGCGAGUGUUUCCGCAUGGCCUGGGAGAACGAUGCGCACAUGGUUUCGGGCCUGUGCGGCUCCGGUCCUUAUAUCGCUCCCGAAGAGUACACAAGCAAGGAGUUCGACGCCAGGGCUGUCGAUGUGUGGGCCUGUGGUGUCAUCUAUAUGGCCAUGAGAACUGGCCGCCACCUCUGGCGAAUUGCCAAGAAAGAUGAGGAUGAGUUUUACGCCCGUUACCUCGAGGGACGUCGAGAUGAGGAGGGCUAUGGGCCGAUAGAGUCAUUACACAGGGCUCGCUGCAGAAACGUUAUAUAUUCCAUAUUAGACCCCAAUCCAUCACGGCGCAUCACAGCCUCUCAGGUCCUCAAAUCGGAAUGGGGCCGCGAGAUCAAGCUGUGCAAGGCCGGUGAGGAAGGCUUGUAGCGAUCAUAUUUUACACCAUGUCCAAGGCCCACGCGCACCGCCCGCAUCUUCCCUUUUUUUUUUCCCACGAGGACCUAUUUGAUAGUAUACUGCUCCCUUAAUCGUACUAUUAGUCUAGAUUUUCUGCGAAACACAUGGUCGUGUGGUGUGUCGGGAAAAAAAGCCGCAAUUCCAAAAUGGGAGGAGCCCUAAACAAACUCGUGCUAGCGGGUUGACUUUUUUACCCCAUUGCGCACCGCACCGACUUUGCGUAGCCCGGGAACUCCAGGGAUGGAAUUUGUUGCGGCCUUUUUUUCUUCUUCUUUUUCCCUUCUCAUUCUCCUGCUGGUCGCGGACAGAGUGUUUUCAUGCGCCAAUGUCUUCCCAUUGCUUGGAGCAGAGCACUAGAAGAUUAUCCAAUCUCUUGGAGAUUUGGUUGAAUUUGUGCAAGGCUUCUUCUCUGUGUUGGAGAACAUCUACCUGGCACGAAGGUAGCAUUGGGUUUAAAUGGGCUGUUACAAAGGGUUAUAUGAAAACGGCAGCGAGGCAGGAAACUGAUUUCUUCCCAUCAAAUGUUAUCAAAGCACUGGCGUUGUGGGAGUCUUUUGUAUUUGUCCUUUUUUUCAUACACUUUUCUUUUUCUUUCUGCUUCCGCAUUUUUUCCCUUUUCUUCUUGCUUUUCUUUUCUCUCCCCUCAAGAUCAGCCUCAAUAUUAGAUGUCUUUAUUUUUGUUUCUUCAUCAAUGCAAUCAAGCGUUCAUCAAUCAAUCAACCCCAAAAUGUUUGAGCCACACAAGUGUAAAGUGUCAACUUGUUACUUCGCCACUUCUGCUCCAGAUGCGGCCGGCCCAUUUGAU